UUCCGGUUUCUCAACGUCAGAUUACGGCACGAAGCUUCAUAAAUGUCAGAUUAAAAACUGCGUCAUCCAGCCUGUCCUAAAAAAAUAGACGAGAGAGGGAGAGGCGGGCGGGUGGCGUAAGGAACCAUCGCUGCACGUUUAAGAUUUGAUGUGUCGGACAAAUGAGAUUACUGCCAAGGUAAACUGGAUUCUGACGUAAAGGGCUUAAAACCCCGGCGGAGUUUGGCGUGCAGCGCGAACCCCCGCCUCGAGGCUGGAGGAGCAUGACUCUUCAGAAAAGUCCCCGCAGCUGAACGCAACGGAGGACCGCCGCGCGCGCGCGAACAUGGCUUCCUAUCUGCAGAUAGCCGACGACGAGAAAGGGCACGAGCUGGAUCUGUUCUGCAUCCCCAGACAUUAUGAAAACGACUUGGACAAGGUGAUCAUCCCUCAUGGGCUCAUCAUGGACAGGACAGAGCGUUUGGCCCGGGACAUAAUUCAAGACAUGGGGGGCCACCACAUCGUUGCUCUGUGUGUGCUGAAAGGGGGCUACAAGUUCUUCGCAGACCUUCUGGACUACAUCAAAGCACUCAACCAAAAUAGUGAUAAAUCAGUCCCGCUCACGGUGGAUUUCAUUAGAGUGAAGAGCUACUGCAAUGAUGAGUCAACCAACAGUGUCAAAGUCAUAGGAGGGGAUGAGCUGUCAAACCUCCGGGGCAAGAAUGUUUUGAUUGUAGAGGAUAUCGUGGAGACAGGGAGGACGAUGCAGACGCUGCUGUCCCUGCUGGGUGAAUGUCAUCCCAAAAUGGUAAAAGUUGUGAGCCUUCUAGUGAAGAGGACCCCGAGGAGCUCUGGCUAUAGACCAGACUACAUUGGCUUUGAGGUUCCAGAUGCUUUUCUGGUGGGCUACGCUUUGGACUAUAAUGAAUACUUCAGAGAUCUCAGUCACAUCUGCAUACUGAAUGAUCGAGCCAAGGAAAAGUACAAAGUGUGAGGAUUGGAAAUGAUGCCUGACUUGCAGAAGACUAGGACCACUGUGAUGACCUGUGUUUGUUUUAUUUUAAAUAUUAUGUAUUUUUCUACAUUAUAGGAUAAACAAGGAGAGACCUUUGAGAUGUAAUGGAGUUCAGGAAGAGAGUUUUGUUUCCCCCUUUGACUGAGUGGGAUAAAAGCUGAUAUAAAAUGUUGGUUGCUAAAUUUGUUUGAAUUUCCAAAUUUAGGUUUAUAGGCUUUAACUUAUUCUGUGAAAGAUGACUAUGAAUGUUUUGGUUGAUUACCUGUGUCUGAGAAAUGUUAAUGUCCAAACUGUUGGUAGCCUUUAUUUUUGUGUUUUUUCUGUAAAAAUGAAGAUAUAUUAUAUCUCACUUGACCAUGAAAAAAAAAGUGAGAUGUACUGUUUUAUUUCAUAAGUUUAAACUAUUUUCAGCAACACAACUCAGUUGAAACAGUGGAAACCAUAUUUUGUUGCACUUCUGUAGGCUCCCCAGAAAAGGGUGCCAGUCCCUGAUAGAAUUAACUUUAUGAUUUAGAAUGAGUGAAGCUGCUUCUGAAUCACAGCACAGGUUUAAAACAUCAUCAUACUGAAAUAUUUUGUUUACUUGCGAUUCUCAUAUGUCUCAUUUUGUGUGCUAAUCUUUUUAUUUUUUUUACGUUUUGCGUCUUGUCUCAUUGAGGAAAUGGUUUUAUGACCUAUAAAGUUUAUGAGCACUUUCAGUGUCCUCUGUGUGCCUGUCUGUGUUUAGUUUAUCCUAAUUCUCUAUUACUUGUACAUCUGUUCAUUAUAAUUUUACAUAUUGUUUUAUGGUACAAUUAAAAAAGAAGCAUGGCA